AUGAACGAUUACGUUCCUGGAACGUUAUCUCAGUCGCUUCUGGGGAUCCAAAAUAACAAGAAAAAUAAACAUAACUCGCUUAUUGAUGCAAAACUCGAUGCAUUGUUUAAGAGCAGUGCAGGUCCUUGUCAGAUACCAUCACCACAACUACCAUCAAUAAUUCUUAAAGAUGAAGUGACGUCUGAUCUUCAUAAUAUUUCUGAUAAUAAGGAUAACGCAAAUAUCAAAAAUCGAAAAGAGAUCAAUCGCAUUGAUAAAGAUAAAAAUAAUAAUUUAACUAUUGAAGAGAAAUACGAGUUGACGAGAUUGAAAAAACAAAAUGAUGAUAAUAAACGUAGAGAUAACAAGGAGAAAGAGGCAGAAAAAGAACCGAGUUUAAUCUCAUCUUCGCCUUCAAAAAGUAGUCGUGAAAUUGAUUUGGUUGCGCAAACUAUUAACAACAAUGAAGUAAGAAGUCUGAAACGUAAGCGAUCAAAAAUAUUAAAAAACAAUAACGACGAUAAAAAUAAACCGGAAAAGAGGAUCAAAACGAGUAAAGAAGCGAAAAAACAACAUGCAUUGGGAGAAAAAAAUAUUGAAGAAGAAAAACAAAAUAGUGAUGAAACAAGUGAACAUGAUGACGAGGAUAAUAUUUUUCAGGAAGGAAGUAGUAGGGAUGUUGAUACUCAUGAUAUAACAGAAGAUA